AUGGCUGCUGAACGUGCACUACCAACUCCCCCUCUACCUUCAUCACCGUUGGUAUAUCCUUUCCCAUUUCCUACGAAACGCGAUCCUGCUUUGCAACCCAAUCCACAUCCUUACGCUGUCAAGACCACCACUAGUGCACUCCUCACGCGGUCUAACUCAUCCGGCCACAACGUUGCUGCGAUGCACCAUUACUACGUCCCUGUCUCACCUAACGCAAGCCGCAGUUCCGAACAUGUCAAAGGUCAUAGACCGUCCAAGUCGCAGCCCAUUCAUAUAUCUCCGUCUCGUUCUUCUCCCCGCCCCCUUCCCGUCCCACCUAUUUUCCCCAGUUCCAGCCCCACUCGUUCGAAUGGGCAUCCCAGCGAUGGUGGUGCGGGCGGGUAUUCCAGUGCAGAUGAGGCCCGUCCAUGUUCGCGGCGCGCAAGGCGUGCUGACACUCUCCCUUCCUAUACUUCACCUGAUGUCUUUAGUCAUCUUCCGGCUCUACUUGAUGAUCUUCCCUCCAACCCGAAGCUCUGGACCCCCGUGCAGCUGUCGUCAUAUCUGAUGGCAGCGCUUCGUGUCACCUCUGCCGCGCGCCCCGGUGAGUCUGACUGUGUCCUUCCGACUCCCGUUGCAAAGGACAUUGCAACUUUCUUGAGAUCACGCAUGGUCAGUGGUCGGACGUUCUUGAAGCUGAGCGAUGAGGACUUGCAGAGCAUGGGUAUGAAUAAGAAGUGGCGCCAAGUUCUUCUUUCAGCAUCGCAUGAUCUACGUCAGAACAUGCUCAAGGGCCGUAUCUGGGGAACGGAGGCCUCGCCCUCGUCCUCACCCGGCUCCGCCUCCCCCGCCAUCCCCGUAGACGUCUUCUCCAACGGCCUCUACUCCUCCAGUGCUCCUGACCUAUUGGCGGACGAUAUUGGAAGCGAGAGCGGAGGUUCCCCGACGCGCUAUCGCAGCGGUCGCGUCAGAGGGAUGGUCGAGUCGUUCGAGCGCAGCGGUAGCUUCAGCUCCGAAGGCAGUUUCGACGGGGACGAGGGUGGCAGAGUGCACCGCUCGCCCUCGAACAUCGCGCGCUGGCUGCAUAAGGAAGAUCCCAUCGACGAGGACCCGCUCCGCAGCUCGAGCCCAGUCUGCGGUGCGAUGCAGGAAACUUUCGAGCCAACGAUGGAGGAGCUCCUAGCAACCGAGCCUUCGGGCACGGACUCGACAGGUUCGUGGGGUGUCCGUGCGUGGGAGGAGAUGGAUCUUGCACCUAACGUUACGGUCAAGCGGGUAGCAGAGAAUAGCGCGCCCAACGGGACCUGGGUAGAGACACCUCCGGAAAAGGAUGCGAUCGGGACGAUCGUAGCGCUGGAAAAUGGCGGCGGCAAGGGCAGCCACCACAGGAGGGGCCGAGAGGAGCGGCGCGUCGUAACUGCGAUCUUUGCCCCUAGUGAUGCGGGGACCGCAUGCUCCGCCACCGAGUCGGAGAAGGAGGCUGCACCAGAGGCGGUGUCAGUGCUAGAAGCACGCGAGGCAGGCACUCAGACCGACGGCGUCGAGCGACCGUUGGAGACAGAUUGGAUCGUUCGAGAGAAUAUUCUCAGAGACGAAUUGACGACCACUCGAGCGCUUCUUGAGACCUUCCGAGCGCGACUGGAGGCUGUGGAGCAGAAAGUUGCAGACCUGGAACAACGCGAACACGAGCGUGAAAUGGAGGCGUCGCGAGCGACUAACGCGAAAACCAACGCACUUGUAUCUGGAGAUGCAGCAUCCAGUGCAGAGGCAUCAUCUGAGCUCGUAGAGGUUGCAUCGUCCUCCGUGGGAGCGGACAACACAACCUCAAGGGUGUCGCUUCUUCCGGCCGCUUUUCAACAAUUCAAGCGGUCUCUUCCCAUGGCUAUUGGUCUUCCGUCCGCGCCCACAGAUGAUGACGACAACGCAGAACCUUCGUCGGUAUCGGAUUUGCCAUCUUAUGUCCUCCUCGUUGGUCUUGGUGUAUGUGCUGUCGUGCUGCGUGUGGUGCUCAGGAAGGUAACAGGAAGGGGUGUCGGCCUGAAGCUGUAG